AUGACUUGCAUUUUGCCGCCCCGCAACCUUGAAUGUCACUCGCAGGCUAGCGGCGUCUCUGUGACGUCACAGGAGCGGCUGGUGACGGAAUUAAUUAGUCGUCGAGCGACACAAGCGACCCGACGUCAACGUGGCGCUUGGGAGGAGGAGCACGUCCACCCUCGCGCCGUGGCCCCGCGCCCCUUCCUCGCGCUCCCACUUCAGCCGCGCGGCAUCCCAUCACUCGCUGAUGCUCUUGUAACAGUCGUUAAUCGAAACUUCAAUAUCGGCUUGCUCACUGCUCGCGCGGGGCGCCACCAGGGCAGCGGCGGGGGUGGGUCGGGGAGGGGUGACGAUGACGCUGAAGGGCUCACAAUUCACUCGCCGCUGACAAGAAAAGAUUGA